AUGUAUAGUUCGUGCAAUCUUCUCUCAGUACCUGCUCUUUGGUCCUGCACUUCGGUUCCAAGAAGAGAUCCAUCGUCGAUUUCGAGUAGUAGGUCUGUCACAUCACAACUUUCAUGGAAAUCCAGAUUCAGAGAGAUGACAUGGGGGAAUAUUAAGCAGGGAUUUGAUGCCUAUGUGAUUGGGAAAGAAGAUGCUCCUGGGAUUGUUGUGCUUCAGGAAUGUUUGUACCAAGGAAAGCUCAGAUUGGACGUUGCUGAAGCUCAGCAUUUGAUGGAUGGUCUUGAUUGGCAAGGUUGGCGUGUAACUGGUUACUGCAUGGGGGGUGCUCUUGCUAUUGCAAGUUCUGUGUUGGUCCCAGGGGUUGAUGCUGUGGUAUCAUUCUAUGGUUUGCCUUCACCAGAACUUGCAGAUCCUCUUCAUUCUAAGGCACCAGCGCAAGCACAUUUUGGUGAGCUUGACAAUUUUGUUGGAUUUUCUAAUGUGAAGGUAUGGUCUGGAGAUUCCUGUGAUACUUGUACCCUUUUACAUAAACUCCAUUUUUCUAGUAAGGGUUGUGUGCUUGGCAGCAACCAUCUGCCACAUGGUGGACGUGGCGCUUUGCCUUCUGAAGGCAGUAAUCCGUCUGACCUCCUCUUCCUCGCAGCCGGCUGUUUCUACUAUUAG